AUGCACUCAUGCCCCCGUGCGCCAUGCCCCCAUGUGCCCACCCACCCAUGCUCCCAUCCGCCAGUGGUGUUGGGAGAGUUUGCCAACUUUGCGGCGUAUGCCUUUGCACCAGCCAUCCUCGUCACACCACUGGGUGCUCUCAGCAUCAUCAGGGCGCAUGCUACUGUAUGUGAACUGCACGUGCUGGGGUGGCUGUUGACGCGCCUCAAAUUCCUUUCCCCCCUCCGCCGCCCCUCCCAGCGCCAUACUAGCGCACUUGCUGCUGGACGAGAAGCAGCACGUGCUGGGGUGGCUGGCUGGCUGUUGACGCACAUCUCAAUCUCUUCCCCUCCUCCCAUCCCGUUCCCCCCCAUCGCCCCCUUUGCCGCCUCUCCCAGCGCCAUACUAGCGCACAUGCUACUGGAUGAGAAGCUCCACGUGCUGGGGUGGCUGGGGGCGACGCUGUGUGUGGUGGGGUCCAUAGCCAUCGUGCUGCACACCCCCCAAGAGAUGGAGAUUGAUAACGUCAAGCAGCUCUGGGCGCUCGCUACUGAACCAGGUGGGAUGGAUUGCUUGCCACUGAGCCACACUAGUGCUGGCCUCCUCUGCCGCCUGCCUCGUCCAAUUGCCUCCUCCUUGACGUUCCGUUUCUCUCCCUCCCUUCCACGCCCUAACUUACGCCCUCCCCCACGCCCUCCCCCACGCCCUCCCCCACACCCUCCCCCACACCCUCUCCCACACCCUCCCCCAUGCCCUCCCCCAUGCCCGUCCUCGUCUACCUCGCUAUCUGCUCGCUGCUCAGCUCCAUCUCCCUGCCAGGUGGCGAGCUGCAAGGCCCUAGGGAUUGCCGUGAAGCUGACCUUGUACGGUGACAACCAGCUCUUCUACCCCGAAACCACCUUCUUUGCCGUUGCCCUUGCCGCCUGUGCCGUCACACAAAUCAACUACCUCAACAAGUCCCUAGACAUGUUCAACACAGCAAUGGUAACGCCCAUAUACUACGUCAUGUUCACCACGCUCACCAUAGUGGCGUCGGUCAUAAUGUACAAGGACUGGGCGGGGAAGAUGGCAGAGCAAGUGCUCAUGGAGUUCUGCGGCUUCCUCACCAUCCUCAUCGGCACCUACCUGCUCCACGCCACCAAGGACUUUGCGGGCGACUCCUCCCGCCUGCACCUUUUUGACCCCUCUGCUCGUACGUGCUCUCCCUUCCCCUUCUCUCCCAUGUGCUCUCUCUUCCCAUCUACCCGAGUCACGCCUGCCAAGAACCCGACAGCCCUCAAGGGGCACAUAGGGCUGGGCACCAUGCCGUCAGGAGGCUCCAAGGAUGGGAUUGAACUCGCGCCGGCCUUAUUCCGUCCCCCCCGCCCAUCACCCACCCCUUCGUAUUCGCGCUUGCCUCGAUACACUCUCUCGUCGCCCACCCCGUUUUUCCCAUUUCGUCCCAUCGCUUGCACGCUCUCCCCUCCUGUCCUGCCGCCCUCUCUCUCACCCCUCCCUUCCCGUCGCGCUCUCUCUCUCUCCGCGCCCUUCUCGUCGCCCUCUCUCUCGCCCCUCUCUUCCCGUCGCGCUCUCUCUAUCCGCGCCCUUCCCGUCGCCUCCCUUCCCAUCGCGCUCUCUCUCUCCCCUCCCUUCCCGUCGCCCUUUCUCUCCCCCCUCCCUUCCCAUCGUGCUCUCUCUCUCUCCGCUCCCUUUCCGUCGCCCUCUCUCCCGUCGCCCUCUCUCCCAUCGCCAGCACUCUCUCCUUCGCUCUGUCUCGUCGCCCUCUCUCCCAUCGCCCUCUCUCCCAUUGCCCUCGCUCUCUUCUUCGCUCUGUCUCGUCGCCCUCUCUCCCGUCGCCCUCUCUUCCGUCGCCCUCUCUCCCAUCGCCCUCUAUCUCUCACGUCGCCCUCGCUCUGUCCCGUCGCCCACGCUCUCUCCCGUCGCCCCCGCUCUCUCCCGUCGCCUCGCGAAAUUCUCUGCCGUCUCGUAUCUCUCCCCUCCAUUUCCGUCGCCCGUGCUCUCUCCCCUCUAUUCCCGUCGCCCUCGCGUUCUCCCCUCCCUUUCGAUUGCCCUCGCUCUCUUCCCUCCCUAUCCGUCUCCCUUGCUCUCUCCCCUCCCUUUCCGUCGCCCUCGCUCCACCUCAUCUGA